AUGCCUCGUCGCGACUCGAUUCCAGUCGGCGAGCGCGAGGCCGCCGCGCUACAGCUCUCGCCCGACGUAGACGACACACUCGACAAGGUGCUGCCCUCGGAAGACGUGUUGGACCGACCGGACUUCGAUGCGCGCGAGUUUAUCAACCGCAACUUCCCGGACGAGCAGAGUCUGGACGACAUUGGCGACUUUAUGGGUCGACUCCGCGGGCGCAUGAAGGAGCUGGACGACUCGCUGUCGCACGCGUCGCAGGAGCAGAGUCUGGCGGCCCGACAGGCGCUCGUGGAUCUCCAGGACGCCAAGGCAGCGACGCAGCAGCUCUUUCACAAGAUCCACGACAUUCGAGGGAAAGCAGAGCAGUCGGAAGUGAUGGUGCAGGAGAUUUGUCGCGACAUCAAGCAGCUCGACUAUGCCAAGCGACAUCUGCAGACGACGCUUACAGUGCUCAAGCGGCUGCACAUGCUGGUGAACGCAGUCGACCAGCUCGAGUUCAUGUCCUCGCAGCGCAACUAUCGUGAGGCUGCUCCUCUUCUUGAAGCAGUGAACCAGCUGUUUACGCACUUUGACGGCUACACGAACGUCGACAAGAUUGUCGAGCUUCAUCGGACCGUACGCACGCUGCAGGAAGAGCUUGGAGGGCAGAUCUUUGCUGACUUUCGAUCGAUUGGACCGAUGGAAUCGCUGGAGGAGAACUUUCCGUCAGCCGAAGAGCGGAAGGCGGUUUUUGAAAACCUCUCGGCAGCUUGUGCUGUUGUGGAUGCACUGGGCACGGCAACGCGAGAUAAACUCAUCCAUUUGUUCUGCAACGACCAGUUGAUGGCGUAUGAACGCCAAUAUGGCGAGGGAGGCGAGAGUGCUGGCUUGCAACAGGCUGAAGCACGGUACACAUGGUUUUACAACCUGCUUGCUGCAAUUGAUUCUCGCUUGAAUGCUGUGUUUCCGGAUGAUUGGCAAAUCGCUCGACAACUGUGUAUCCAGUUCUGCGAAUGCACGCGUACGCAUUUACUCUCUCAAAUAGGCGCGCACACCCCGGACGAACUAGACGUGACGCUGUUGCUGAAAUCGCUACAACGAACGCUUAUGUUUGAACGCGACGCAGCUCGGCGAUUCGAAAGUGUUGCAGAAGAAGAAAAAGAUCUAGCGCAGAAGAAAUUGAGCGACGACGACGAAGUUUUUGAUCCUCACGCUGUUGAGAGCAUACCAAAAAAAGAACACCGCCACGAACAGCGUGCAGCUCAACGUGAGGUUUUGAAGGAAGAGAUGGACAAAAUCGGCAACUCUUCUGGCAAAGACAGCCAAAGCCUGCCAACAAUCAAAGGGCUGAUAUCUCGCUCAUUUGAUCCCUUCAUGACGGCGUAUGUCGCGCUCGAGCGCAAGAAUAUGGAACAAAUGAUUGACGAAGUUAUGAGUGCAGAACUCGUGGAUCGGAACGGCCAAUUACCCGUAUUUUCGAGCUCGGUCAACAUGUUCGCCUACAUUCGCAACUCGAUUAAUCGGUGCAUGGCGCUGACGAAUGGACAAACGUUUUUCGAUCUUCAGAACGAGUUCAAACGUUGCUUCCAGCUCUAUUCGCACCGGCUUCUCGAGAAAAUUCCUACGGCACCUUCAGGACCAGCUGGUAGUAUUGAUUAUUCAACCAACGGUGCGACUAAUAAGGUGAAGCUUGGCGACAAACAGGAAGAAGAGCUCUGCUUUGUGGUAAAUACGGCUGAGUACUGCGCCGGGACUCUUCCCUCGCUGGAAGAAGUGAUUCGCAGUAAGAUCGAUAAGGCAUUCAGCGAUGCCAUUGAGUUGUCACAAGAAAUCGAUGCAUUUCAUGACGUGGGUGCUGCCGCGAUAAAGUGCAUUGUGGCAGGAUUGGAAACGUCCUUGGAAGAUGAGUUAGCCACGCUUUACAAGGCAAAUUGGCAGACAUGGGAGACAGUAGGUGACGAAAGUGUGUAUGUGACGCAAAUGGGUGAGAAAUUACGGGCAUUUGUACCGGUGCUGCGACGAAUGCUAUCCGGGCUGUAUUUUACGAACUUCUGCGAUAAGUUUGCCGCCUGCUUCAUGCCCAAGAUCCUACAAUCCGUGAUGAAGUGCCGAAAGGUAAAUCAAGUGGCGACUCAGCAGCUGCUGCUGGACGUGUACGCACUUAAAACUAUCUUCCUCCAGUUGCCAGUACUAUCUAGCGACGCGUAUUCGCCCUCAUUGAAGAGCACGGCGACGGUCUCAUCGCGCUACACGAAGUUCGUCAUCAACGAGAUCGCAAAGGUGGAAAGUGUACUAAAGCUCAUCGGCACUCCGCGUGAGAUGCUGGUGGAGAGCUUUAAGAUCAUGUGGCCUGAUGGUACCGCGGAAGAUUUUCGGAGUAUCAUGAACAUGAAGGGACUCAAAAAGAGUGAGCAGGCGGUAUUUCUAGAGACGCUAGGCAUGCAACGCAAACCUACGGGCAAGAUCGCCGAAAUGGAAGGCAAGAUGAGCGAUAUGACGGAAAACUGGAGGAAGAACAUGCAGAGCUUGGCCAAGGUGCCUUUUACUUUCACGGCUGGCAUGAACACGAACUCGCAGCACCAGAGCUAG